CAGAGUGAGAGUCGAAGUUGCUCUUGCUAAAGCAGCAGCAACUAAAGAAUUUGUAAAGAUGCUGCUCGCCUUGGGACUGCUCACCUGCUUCCUUCCCUUUUUGUACGUGAUAGCUCCAUCUGUCAGGAAGUUCUUUGCUGGUGGUGUUUGUAGAACAAGCGUACAGCUUCCUGGGAAAGUAGUGGUGAUCACCGGCGCCAACACCGGCAUUGGCAAGGAGACGGCCCGAGAGCUUGCUCGCAGAGGAGCUCGAAUAUAUAUUGCCUGCAGAGAUGUACUGAAGGGGGAAUCUGCUGCCAGUGAAAUUCGAGCUGAUACAAAGAACUCCCAGGUGCUGGUGCGGAAACUGGACCUCUCUGAUACCAAGUCCAUCCGAGCCUUUGUGGAGGGCUUUCUGGCAGAGGAAAAGAAGCUCCAUAUCUUGAUCAACAAUGCAGGAGUGAUGAUGUGUCCAUAUUCCAAGACAACAGAUGGUUUUGAAACCCACAUAGGAGUCAACCACCUGGGCCACUUCCUGCUCACCUACUUGCUCCUGGAGCGGCUGAAGGAGUCUUCUCCUGCACGGGUGGUAAACCUGUCUUCAGUGGUGCACCAUGUUGGCAAGAUUCAUUUCCAUGACCUCCAAAGUGAAAAGAGCUAUAGCCCAGGUUUUGCCUAUUGCCACAGCAAGCUGGCCAAUGUGCUGUUCACUCGGGAGCUGGCCAAGAGGCUCCAAGGCACAGGUGUCACCACCUAUGCAGUGCACCCAGGCAUCGUCCGCUCUGAGCUGGUCCGGCAUUCCUUCCUCAUGUGCUUACUCUGGCGGCUCUUCUCCCCGUUCCUCAAGUCAGCACGGGAAGGGGCCCAGACCAGCCUGCACUGUGCCCUGGCUGAGGGCCUGGAGCCCCUGAGUGGCAAGUACUUCAGUGACUGCAAGAGGACCUGGGUGUCUCCAAGAGCCCGGAAUAACAAAACAGCUGAGCGCCUGUGGAGAGUCAGCUGUGAGCUUCUCGGAAUCCAGUGGGAGUAGAACUGGUGAACAAACCACAGCUUUCUGGGGCCCAGUCCAUGCCACUGAGAAAGGGGACCAAGGAGAAGGCCAACCCCAAAGGAUUGACUCCCUGGCUGGCUGCUAUUGCAAAUCCUACCUUGCUCUGAUUCUCCCAAUACUUCUGGAGGAAAUUUUUGCACAUCCAAUGCUCCCUCGAGGUUGGCUCAUGGCACAAGAUGCUCGCACAUUCACAAUAUUCUUCUCUAAGACUUGCAGUGCUGGUCACCUCUAGGGUUUACAAAGACAGGACUGAUCCCAAAUUGGGUGUAGAGGGAACAGAAGGGCCUGGGAAAAUGGGUCGAUUUCCUCCCCAACACAGAAAUGGCAGUUUGUUCCGAUGAGGUGACCAGAGCAUCAGUGCUAGGUGUUUCUAGGGAUUCUGGACUCCAGCUGGGAGUCUGAUCUCUUUCCUCAUUGGAAUACUCCUCACUGUCUCAGGGUAAUGUUGACUAACCUGUUCCUUCCACGAGGCAUCCUGUAGCCACUGUGUAAAGCUGCAUCUCCCGUAUUCUUUUUCUAGUUCUUAAAAAAA